ACAGUCAGAAAGUUAAACCCAUAAUGAAGAAGUCCCGCUCCACAAGCAAGAAUUCCCUUCUUGUACACAUGCACCGGUCCACUCUUACGUGGUUUCAGAUUUGGAUUUCUUUGAUCCAUUCCUUGGUGAUGAUAUUUCUUUGUGUGUGGAGAAUAAUCACAACUGCUUGGAGGAUAUUAAUAAGAAGAGUGACGAAACGAAUUGGGAUGCAUUCAUGGGGAGUGAUACAGAGUCUGGAGGAGAGGUUGUGAAUGUUCAUGAUAUUUGUGGAGAAGAAAAAGACUUUUCUAUGGUGCAGUUCGAUCACGGUGUUGCUCAUAAUCUUUGCUUUGAGACAUGUUUUGAGCUUCCAGUGACACCUAGAGUAAUCAAUGUUUUCACUCAUGUUCUCUGUCCGUCCGAAGAGGAUGAGAGUUUCAUACUUCACUUCUGUGCUGAUGAGGGUUAUGAAGACCAUGUGCCGCCUACGUGUUUUCAAGAAUUUAAAGAUCCGCGACACCUAAUGGCAUUUGUUGAGAGGAAGCUGGAGACAUUGAUUAUUAAUGCACCACUACAGUCUUUGCUAUUUGAGAGCGUAUGAGGAAGUUGCGUCGGGCAAACGACGUUAAAAAUAGCGCUUCUUGGGAGGCAACCCAAGCUUAUUUCUGCAUUUUUGUUUGUUUGCUUUUUUGUUUGUUUUCUUUCAGAAAACCCCCGAAAAAAAAAACCAAAAAAAAAAAUCCGGGGUGUUUUUUGUGGGAUUGUUUUUGUGUUUGUGUGUAUUGUUUUUGCAGCUCAGGGUCUUGCUUUGGGGAUGAUGUGCCGAGGAUCACUUGACUCAGUUUAGUUCUGCACCGACCAGCGCCUUAGGGAAGUUUUUUAUGACUCUUACAAUCGCCUGUUUGUAAUAAUUGACUUGAGUUAAGUUGAGCAUGUGUGACCCUUUUCUCUUUACCCCCUUGUGCAUAGUGUAUUUUUGGUCAUCGAGGGCGAUGCCAAAGUUUAAGUGUGGGGGAGUGAAUUGGGCAUUCGGGCAGUAGUUGUUACAUGUGAUUAUUAGAGUUAGCAUGCGCAGGUGUUAGUUGUAUAUUCAUAGAAAAUUCAUGUCAAAAUUUUUCAAAAAUUUUUCUUUAAACUGUGUCUUUGUGAGCUGGCUAGCGUUUUUGACUAUGCUUGUAGAAUGUCCUUGAAGUGUUUAGGCUUAUUGCUUGCAUUAUAUUCUAGUUACUAAGAGGAUGCAGGCAUUAGUCACCCAUUCAAUUUUCCAUUAAUCACCCACCCCACCUGAAUAAGUUCCUUUAGAAAAAACCACUUUGAGCCUGACUGAUCUUUGUUUACCCAAUUAAUUGAGCUCCAUAGCCAAAUGGCCUGUUUCCUUACCCGUGAAUAUUUCUAACUUAGUCUUGAUGUUUAGGGAACUAGGGGAUUAAUUUGCUAAGUUUAGGAAUUUGUGUAAGAGCCAUUUUUCUGGCACUAUUCCUAUGCCCCAAAUGGGGUAAGAGCAGUCACUUUUUAGGAAUUUGAUACUUUCGGGGAUUGCAUUGUAGGCAUGGAUUCACGAUUGGAUUAACGAACUUUAAUUGCUAUUUUUCCUUGGUGAGGCCGAUAUUAGAAUGGGGUAAUGUCUAGUGAGAAUCCGAAAGGUGAAAAAUUAAUUAAUAUAGCUAGACCUCUUGCCUUGCGAAAAAGAGAAUGGGAGCCCCGGUCAAAAAGCAUAAGAUGAGACUUGAGUAUCUUUCGAAAGAAACGGCGUUCUCGUGCCAACAUGACAAGGAAAACUAAACAUAAUUAAUGAACUUGGAGGCUAUUGAAAAUUAGCUUUAGUCCUCCGCGAACUUCAAGUGUACGUCAAAGCACAAAUGUGCCGAGACGGUUUAGCUUAGUUGUACACCAUGUCUGCUUUUUGCAUAGAUUUAAAUGAUUGUUCCUAAAUUGUGGCCUACUAAAUUCCUUGUUCAUAAGAAUAGCCCUAAAAUUCCUGAAUGCAUUGAGUCUAUGUUAGAAUGUUCCAAUCUCUCAAAGAAAGGGACUGUUUAUUACCAUUCACCACCACCUUCACAAGUCCUUCUGAUCACUAGUUAGUUUAUUUGUGUUUGCAGUCAUUACUUUAAGGAUGUUGUGAAUAAUUUUGUCAAAUAGUUUAGCUUGAGUACAAAGAUGUAAUUUAGAAAAUAUUUUUCUUGGUUUAGACUGUCUGUUCUGUGAAUAUCCCUUUAACUACGUAUGCAUGCUAAUUGUUUUUAAUUCCGUGUGGUGAUUAUCGUAAGUCCCAUUGUUCAGUUUGCUUGAGGACAAGCAAAGGCUUAAGUGUGGGGGAAUCUGAUAAGUCCGUAUUUAGACACACAUUUGAUGCGUGUUCGGAUCAGAUUUUGAUGGUUUUCCUAUCUUUAAGGUGUUAUAAGUCUCAAUUUUAGCUCAAGUUAUGUUUACCAGGCGUUGGUUCGAGUUUUGUGUCAUUUGGAGUCAAAAUCAGGAUUUUAGAGUUCGGCACUGGCGCUUGAGGAGAAAUCGGGAUGAGUUGAGAAGCAUUUGAGAUUGAAUUGAGAGCUAUGGAGGUCAGCGGGAGGUUUACGAUGAAGAUUUGAUGACAAAAGUGCUCUAGGAUUGGUUUCAGGAUAAAAAGAAGAUGAAUGAAGCUUGAAAACGACGAUCAGGAUGACCUUCUGUCAAUCGUUCAAGCAUAUCUCUUUGUAGACUCAUACAAAGAACACGAUUCAAGUUUUAUAUGAAAUAUAACUUCACGGGCUACACAUCAUAUGAAGACACCUUUCCGAGAAUCUGAGAGAAAGAAGGUGAAAACAGACAAUGAAGUCAGAUGAUCUCUGCUGCGAUUUCAGAAUGACACCUUCCACCGUUUUGAUCAUAUAUCUUGAUUGGAUGAUUAAAAUCACAUUCGGCAAGUUGGAGUGAAUAGGGGACUUCAUUAUAUACAACUUUCAUGAAGGAAGUUUUGUCAAAUUUGGAAGUUUUACGCAUGACAUGCGUAGGGGAACGCACGACCGUGCGUCUGAGGCGAGAAAGCAAAGAACCUACUGCCAUCAACGCACGGCCGUGCGUAGGGGGACGCACGCCGUGCGUUGCCAAAUUUCGCGUUUCAUUGCUCCGGACGCACUGGGGGACGCACGCCGUGCGUUGGCCCCGUGCGUUACCCCUAGAAUCCUAAUUUCGCCCGAAUUUGUUCUGUUUUUCCUAUUUAAACAGCCUGUAAACCCCGUUUUUGGGGGAGGGGGGAGCUUAGAGAGAGUGCCUAGCACGAAUUUUAGAGGGCUUUUCAGCCUUGUUCAUCAA